AUGGUAGUUAUGAAUUUUUCCCGAGGCAAAAACCCUCUCGACGCAACGUUGUGGCGUUGCGCUGAUUUCUACAGAGGACCAGUUAAAAGCCCAUCUUACUAUAUGUCUUCAAACUACAAAUCUUCGAACUACAACAGAGUCGGAAAGGCAAAAACCUUCUCGACGCGACGUUGUGGCCUUGCACUGAUUUCUACAGAGGACAAUUCAUCAUCACCAAAUUUCCAAGGACGUCGUGGUAAAGAUGAGAAGGGUAUUUGUAUUAUAAUGAUUGACGAAAAGAUGGAAAUGAAUGUCCUUAAGGACAUGGUUCUGGGUAAACCAGCUCCAUUGGUCAGUACUUUCAGGCUAAGCUACUACUCUAUCCUGAAUUUAAUGACUCGUGCUGAGGGACAAUUUACUGCUGAGCAUGUCAUCAGAAAUUCCUUUCACCAGUUUCAGUAUGAGAAGGCAUUGCCUGACAUUGGGAAAAAGGUCUCCAAGCUGGAAGAGGAGGCUGCAGUGCUUGAUGCUUCUGGAGAGGCUGAGGUUACUGAAUAUCAUAAGCUACAUCUUGAGAUAGCCCAAGUUGAAAAGAAAAUGGUGGCAGAAAUUAUGCGGCCUGAAAGAGUUCUCUAUUUCCUUCAAUCUGGUAGGCUGGUUAAAAUAAGGGGAAGUGGCAAAGAUUGGGGUUGGGGAGUUGUAGUCCAUGUGGUGAAUAAAACUCCAGCUGCAUUGGGUUCUAUGCCUGCGGCGCUUGCUUCUUCCUGUGGUAGUAGUUAUAUUGUGGACACUUUGCUUCACUGCUCUUUUGGCUCAAGUGAUAAUGGUUCUCGACCCAAACCAUGUCCUCCCUGUCCUGGAGAAAAGGGGGAAAUGCAUGUGGUUCCUGUUCAGUUGCCUCUUAUUUCUGCAGUCAGCAAGCUCAGGAUUGCUGUUCCUUCUGAUUUACGGCCAACAGAAGCUAGACAGAGUGUUCUGCUUGCUGUACAGGAGCUUGAAAAACGUUUUCCGCAGGGCAUUCCAAAGCUUAAUCCUAUGAAGGACAUGGGAAUUGAAGAACCUGGAGUUGUUGAGCUCGUUAACCAGAUUGAGGAACUUGAACAGAAAUUAUUUUCUCACCCAUUGCAUAAGUCUCAAGAUGAACAUCAGAUUAGAAGUUUCCGCAGAAAAUCAGAAUUGAAUCAUGAAAUUCAACAGCUAAAGUCCAAAAUGCGUGAUUCACAGCUUCAAAAAUUUCGCAUUGAACUUAGAAACCGCUCACGGGUUCUGAAAAAGCUGGGGCACAUUGAUGCUGAUGGUGUUGUUCAGUUGAAAGGACGAGCAGCCUGUUUCAUAGAUACAGGAGAUGAGCUCCUUGUUACUGAAUUGAUGUUCAAUGGUACCUUCAAUGAUCUUGAUCAUCAUCAAGUCGCUGCUCUGGCAAGUUGCUUCAUUCCAGGAGACAAAUCAGGGAAAAUAGAUGUAACAGCAGUACUUGUUAAACCACUGCAACAGCUUCAAGACAGCGCUAGAAGAAUAGCAGAGAUACAACGUGAAUGUGGACUCGAAGUACACGUGGAGGAAUAUGUUGAGGCAGCAGUCAGACCAUGCUUGAUGAAUGUGAUCCACCUGUGGUCAGAGGGAAAAUCUUUUAAAGUUGUUAUAGAAGAGACAGACAUCCUCGAAGGUAGCAUUAUACGACUAGUUAGAAGGCUGGAUGAAUUUUUAAACCAGUUGAAAGCUGCUGCUCAUGCGGUCGGGGAAGCUGAUUUAGAGAACAAAUUUGCAGCAGCUAGUGGAAGCCUUCGUCGAGGGAUAAUGUUUGCAAAUUCACUCUAUCUCUGAAAUUGUAGACUCCUAGUCAGCUUCAUAAAUAUUUAUAAUAUUUGCCAAUUCACAGUGUCUCUGAAUUGUAGAUAGUAAAUUAGCUUCUUAAAUAUUUUUGAUUAGUCUAUAGUGUUUCUAAGCCUAGUUUUCAAAGAACUGUGUUAGCGCCAUCAUGUCUUUCUUUUCCUUUUCUUUCUAUUUUAAUUUAACAUUGUGUACAAACGCAACAGUAGAGUAAUGAGGAAGAUAAUUCUUUUAAA